UUGAGGGGAUUGACAGGUAUGCCAUAGAUCUCACACAGGUGGCUCAUCCUUACAGAGAGCCUAGGAUGUACAGCCGAGACUGGGCUUUGGGAAAGAUGCCCUGAUGGGAGGCAGAAACUGGCAAUUCUUGGCUCCUAUGCUUGCUUCACUAAACCCUCGCCCCUCCCCCUCCUGUUAAAUUUCAUGUACAUUAUCCACUUUAUCCUUUGAACAAUGAUUGGUUUACUUUCAUUCUGUGUUUCUGAGUGUUUUGCCUGCAUGUAUGUCUGUAACAUGUAUGUGCAUGGUGUCCUUAGAGGUAUGGAAAGGUCGUCAGAUCCCGUGGGACUGGAGACAGACUAUCAUGAGCCUCUCUGUGGAUAUCAGAACUCAAACUCGUGUCAGACUUUCCUUUUGAAAUCUGGCUGGUAGGACAGGCUUACUUUUGUCAUUUUGCUCUUUGUAUAUUAUAGUAUAUAAUGAUGUUAUAUAUUAUUAUCCUGCAUAUAUCUUAUCCUUUAUUUUUGCUUUAUUGACAUUCUUUGUAUUACUAAUCUAUUUCUCUCUCUCUUUAAUUUUAUUUAUUUCCCUUUUAUGUGUAUGAGUGUUUUAUCUGCAUGUCUAUCUGUGCAGCACAUGUAUGCCUGGUGCCUGAGGAGGUGGUGAGCAUCUAUGUGGAUACUGGGAAUUGAACCUGAACCAUUUGCAAGAACAAGUGCUUUUAACCUCCUAACCCCUGAGCCAACUCUCUAAGCUUAUUACUCUUUUUUAGCCAAAUAUUUGAAUUCAUUUUUCAUUUUCUUUUGUUUUUUUCUAAAUUAGAUUUUUGUUUGUAUGGUUAUAAAUCGGACAUAUACAACAUUCUAAAGUUAUGACAUACUUGAAUUGAUACUAGUUUAGUUUCACUUCAGUAACUUAUAAAUUCUGUUGUUUUUAUCCCUCUGAAGCCAUUUUAAGUUGGUCCUGUCAUAAAAUAUUUCAAAUAGUACUCUUAAAAGAAAUGAUGCAUUAGCCUAACAAAGACUUACAAACAGUUGUUACCUCAUACCAGAGAGAGUUCCAUUGUCUCCUGCAUUUUGAAUUCAUCCUUCUUGGAGUAUGUUGAGCAGAAUGAGUGUUGAUACUCAUGUCUUGUGGGAAAUGGGUUUCGGCAGUUAACUGCUGUGGGUGUGACUCCAUUGCUCUCUAGUCCUUAUUGACUCAGUAAAUCUCAGGCUGGGCCGUUGGUGUCCCAUGGGUCCUUUCUGCUCUCAGGAUUGUUCUUCCGUGCUUUUUGCUUCCUGUCUCUUAGGUUCCAUAGUUUUCAUGGCUAUGUCUCUCAGUUCCCUGAGUCUGUCUUCAGCCUCCUCAGACCUGCUGUGGGAUCCCUAGAGAGGAUUAAAAUUUUCCAGCGUGCAUAUUUUAAAAGGCCUAACUUUUUUUCUUUUUUUUUUUUGAGCCAGUGUCUCAAAUUAGUCCAGAUGACUUAGAACUCAAUGGUGUCCUGGUAUGGCACCGAACUCUCAACAGUCAUUCUUCCUCAGGUUGCCAAGUCCUGGGAUCAUAGGACACCAACUGGAUUUCCUGAAUGUUUAUUGGCUUUUUCAUGUUCAUGGCAUCAUUUCCUUGAUUUUCGCCCCAUUUUUAGUUCUUUGAGCAUCUUUAUAAUGGUGGUCUUAAGGCUUGUGGGUCUUUUGUUUUCAUGAAGGCGUUUUCAGAGAAAGUAGUGCUAGGUGGAGUUCUGCUCAUAGCCCUGGUGGAGUAGGACAGCACUCUCACUCUUGUGCUGCCUUCACACCUUAGUGGACAGGGCUCUGUGGACCAACUGAGGCCCCAAGUCCACUGUGGCAGAUAGGACUACACAGUUUCUUUGUAUUUCUGAGCCAUUCCUGGGCAAUCAGCAUGGCAGCACAUGCCUUAGAGUCAUUGCCUUCUUCUCAUCCCAGGUGUGCAGCAGGCAGGUCCCCUGCCAGAGAGGCCAAGAAUGUAGACCAUGGUACCACUACAUGGACAUCAGCCACACACUUUUCUCUGAGGUCAGAUGUAGGCUGGUGACUUCCAUUCCCUGAGGCCAUUUCUUCAGACUUGUCUUUUUUGGCAUCUCCCAUCAUACCUACAUCGGAGUGGUUAAUUUUUUUUCUUUGACUAGGACAAAAAUUGCUUUUUCUUUGAAUGUCUUGUGGGUAAGUGUUUGUUGUUUUGUUUGUAUUUUGUUUAGUAGUUUGAGACCAGGUCUAUACAUAGCUCUGGAUGUUCUGCAACUCACUAUGUAGACCAGACUUGCCUCCCACUCAGAGACCCACCUGCCUCUGCUUCCCAAGUGCCCUUGAGGAGUAAAGUUGUUCGCUUUUGUUUGUUUGUUUGUUUGUUCUGUUGGAUGGUAUCUUAGGGUUACUAUUGCUCUGGUAAAACGCCAUGACCAAAGCACCUUGGGUAGGAAAGGGUUUAUUUGGGUUGUACUUCCACAUCACAGUUCGGCAUCUAAGGAAGUCAGGACAGGAACUCAAACAGGACAGGAGCUGAUGCAGAGGCCAUGAAGGACUGCUGCUUUCUGGCUUGCUUCUCAUGGCUUGCUCAGUCUGCUUUCUUACAGAAUCCAAGACCACCGGCUCACCACCCACAAUGGAUUGAGCCCUAAUUAAGAUAAUGCUCUACAGGCUUGCUUACAGCCCCGUCUUAUGGACUCAUUUUCUUAAUUGAGAUUCCUCAAAGGCAGCUGGUGUCGAGUUGACAUAAAACUACCCAGUACAGUUGGUUGUGGGGGUUUUCUUGUUGCUCAUUUGUUUGUUUUUGGUCUUUGUUGUUGUUGUGUUUUGUUUUUUAUUUCAUUUUGUUUUGAGACAGGGUCUCUUCUCUGUAACCCUACCUGUCCAAGAACUCACUAGGUACACCAACCUGACCUCCAAGUCAGAGAUCAGCCUGCCUCUGCCCAGUGUGCUGGGAUUAAAGUCAUGUGCCCCCAUGCUGGGUCUUGUUUGUUUGUAUUUAACUUAAAUGUCUGUCUUGGCUCUGAGAUCAGAUCCCUCCUCAGGGCUUGGUGUGACUGUGUUGUGAUUGUUGACAUUGUCUGUUCUGACAGUUGGCCUGGCACAUCCUCUUACACAUCAAAUCUAAGUCUGCCUUUCUUUGGAAAUAUGCAGUCAUAUUUCUAGCUUCCCCUGUGCUUACAAUUGCUUUAAUGUCCAUGUCCUUAAAUAUCUAGUUUCUAAAAGAGGAAAAGAAAAACCAGAAGUGGACACAAGUGCCCUGGUCCUUACGUUUUCUCUAAAGGACACCCUAAGCAGAGGGGUACAGUCUCAACAGCUUGGGUACUUUAUCCCUUCUGGGACUGCACAUAGCAUCGAGAGUAUAGGUUUUUGAUGAUUGGGAACAAGUCCUUGUCUGCAAACUUCUCUGGAGCCCAGAAUAACUGAUUGCCCAGGAGAUGAGAGUGGCAACUUCUACUAUGCUAACAGCUAAAUUGACCAGAAUUGACCAGUUGUUAUUGCCUCCUCCGGAACUUGAAGACCCUCAACUGAUUCUAGAGUUCCAUACUAAUUAGCUAACACAGGCCAAGUUGUUGUUGAAGUGCUGCCUGGCAUUUCUAACUCUGCCAUCUUCCCAGAAUCCUUUCCCACCUUGGCCUCUGUAACCAGUGAAGAUCAUUUUAGAAGGUCCCCUGCUGAGCUGAUAGCCUUCAGCUUGGAGUUAUUCCCAAAUGAAUUUUGGCUUUUGUGAUGGUGAAGCUGUAAAUGCCAAAGUCUCUGCACAUCACCGUACCAUGAGGGAGGACUACAGUGAUAAGGGAAAGGUUGGCCACUGGAGCCGCAGCCCUUUGAGGCCACCAAGAGAGCGCUUUGAGCUGGGAGACAACCGGAAGCCAGUGAGAGAAGAGAAGGUGGAAGAAAGAGACCUGCUGUCGGACCUCCAGGACAUCAGUGACAGUGAGAGGAAGACCAGCUCAGCUGAGUCCUCAUCAGCAGAAUCAGGCUCAGGUUCUGAGGAGGAGGAGGAGGAGGAGGAGGAAGAAGAGGAGGAGGAAGGGAGCACCAGUGAAGAGUCAGAGGAAGAGGAAGAAGAGGAAGAGGAGGAAGAGGAGGAGGAAACUGGGAGCAACUCUGAGGAAGCCUCAGAACAGUCUGCUGAAGAAGUCAGUGACGAAGAAAUGAGUGAAGAUGAAGACAGAGAAAAUGAGAACCACAUCUUGGUUGUUCCAGAGUCGCGAUUUGACCGAGAUUCUGGGGACAGUGAUGAAGGAGAAGAAGAAGUUGGUGAGGGGACACCGCAGAGCAGCGCCCCUACCGAGGGAGACUAUGUGCCCGACUCUCCAGCUCUGUCACCUAUUGAGCUAAAACAAGAGCUGCCCAAGUACCUGCCAGCCCUGCAGGGAUGCCGGAGUGUAGAGGAGUUUCAGUGUCUGAACAGGAUUGAAGAAGGCACCUAUGGGGUGGUCUACAGAGCAAAGGACAAGAAAACAGAUGAGAUUGUGGCUCUGAAGCGGUUAAAGAUGGAGAAGGAGAAGGAAGGCUUCCCAAUCACAUCACUGAGGGAAAUCAACACCAUCCUCAAGGCCCAGCACCCCAAUAUCGUCACUGUCAGAGAAAUUGUUGUGGGAAGCAACAUGGACAAGAUCUACAUUGUGAUGAACUAUGUGGAACACGACCUCAAGAGCCUAAUGGAGACAAUGAAACAGCCCUUCCUGCCAGGGGAGGUGAAGACCCUGAUGAUUCAGCUGUUGAGUGGGGUGAAGCACCUCCAUGACAAUUGGAUCCUACAUCGUGACCUUAAGACCUCUAACCUUCUGCUGAGCCAUGCUGGCAUUCUCAAGGUGGGCGACUUUGGGCUGGCUCGGGAGUAUGGUUCACCCCUAAAGGCCUACACUCCAGUUGUUGUAACCCUGUGGUAUCGUGCCCCAGAACUGCUCCUUGGUGCUAAGGAAUACUCCACAGCUGUGGACAUGUGGUCAGUGGGCUGCAUAUUUGGAGAACUGCUGACACAGAAACCUCUGUUCCCUGGGAAGUCAGAGAUUGAUCAGAUUAACAAGGUUUUCAAGGACCUGGGGACCCCCAGUGAGAAAAUCUGGCCUGGCUAUAAUGACCUCCCAGCCGUCAAGAAGAUGACCUUCAGCGAGUAUCCCUAUAACAACCUCCGCAAGCGAUUCGGAGCUUUGUUAUCAGAUCAAGGAUUCGAUCUCAUGAACAAGUUUCUGACUUACUUCCCUGGGAGGAGGGUCAGCGCAGAAGAUGGCCUCAAGCACGAGUAUUUCCGAGAGACUCCCCUCCCCAUCGACUCAUCCAUGUUCCCCACGUGGCCUGCCAAGAGUGAGCAGCAGAGGGUGAAGAGAGGCACGAGUCCGAGGCCCCCUGAGGGCGGCCUGGGCUACAGCCAGCUGGGAGACGACGACCUGAAGGAGACGGGCUUCCACCUCACCACCACCAACCAGGGAGCCUCAGCUGCUGGCCCUGGCUUCAGCCUCAAGUUCUGAGGUCAGCUUGAUGGACUUGGCCCGACUGGGUGGUGACAGCCAGAUCUGCUGAGUCGGCAGCAUCAUUGUCGUUGUUACUGUUGUUCUGUGUUGUUUGGGGCAAGUUGUAAAUUUGUAGAAUUAAAUGAAAUUUUCUUCUGAAA